AUGCUUCUCGAUGAGCAGCGCCAGAUCCAUGAGGACAUUGAGCGCCUCGAGGAUGCCGUUGCUGAGCGCCUGCUCGAAGACCCGCCGCACAUUCGCGAUCGUCUAGCACGUGACCACGACAUAUCGCGCUUUCUCACUCAGAUCGAAAUCCAAUCGAGCCGGUUACUCGCUAUCUACGAGGAUGCUGAGAGUAAGAGGGAGGAGGAGGUGCGCGAUCUUACGCAUGGCGACCCCAUGGAAUCUUUCAUGAAGGAGAUCGCAUCGAUGAAGGACUUCCACCGCCGCUACCCGAACGAACCCGUCGAGAACCUGGAAAAGGCGUACAAAAAGCGGUCGCCCGAAGACCAGGUGCAGUCGGUCGCAGCCAUCGACUCUAUGUUCACAGGAGAAGAAGGUUUUGGUCGGUUCUUUGACCUGACCACGCUGCACGAGCAGUACCUGAACCUUCCCGUUCACCAGCACGCGCGGCGCCUGACCUAUCUGCAGUACCUCGAUCUGUUCGACGCCUUCACUCCACCGCAAUGCAACAUUCGACGCGAUCAGAAAAAAUCAGAGGCCUAUUUUCAAUAUCUGAAGGCACUGCAGGACUACCUUGAAGGCUUCAUACGCCGAACCAAGCCGCUAGAGAACCUAGACAAGCUCUUCGCUAACUUUGACAAGGAGUUUGAAGAGCUCUGGAAGGCGGAGGAAGUCCCAGGAUGGGAGAAGAACGACCCAGCAGCCGUACCAACCAACGGUGAUGCGCCUGGCGAAGGCAUCUGGUGCACUGCAUGCAAGAAGAGUUUCUCGAAAGAGACUGUUUACGAAUCCCACUUGACAGGCAAAAAGCACAAGAAGGCUGUGCAGGAAGAGGCGAACGGUUCAACAAACAACUCAGUUGCUCAGGCCAACGGCGCUUCAACAGAUAUGCAGCGCUUCAAGGAACGCGCUGUAGCCGAACGCGAGUUUCGAAUCAGGAAACUUGCCGCAGCCAUGCAGACAGAACGUGGCGACACAAAGGUCAAUGUCGAACGCAAGCAGGGCAUGACAGAGCGCGAGCGACAACAAGAGCUGGAACAACUCUACUCCGAGGCACCAGAGACCGGAGCAAAGGAGGAAGACGAGGACUCUGACGGCGAAGAUAAGAUCUACAACCCGCUCAAACUUCCACUUGCCUGGGACGGCAAGCCCAUCCCCUACUGGCUGUACAAGCUACACGGCCUAGGCGUCGAGUUCCCCUGCGAGAUCUGUGGAAACUUUGUGUAUAUGGGCAGGCGCGCUUUCGACAAGCAUUUCAACGAACCUCGCCAUAUCCAUGGCUUGAAGUGUCUCGGCAUCACAAACACAUCGUUGUUCCGAGAGAUCACUAGUAUCAAGGAAGCCGAGGAUCUGUGGAGGAAGAUCCAAAAGGACAAGAAGAAAGAGAAGGCUGCCGCCGAGAACGUAGUGGAGAUGGAAGACACUGAAGGCAACGUCAUGCCUGAGAAGGUCUACCGCGAUCUGGCGGCUGCUGGCAUGUUGUGA